AUGUCCAAUCCAAGGCCAAAUAGAAAUAUAAAUCCAAAUCUUGCACCCAAUAGGAGACAAGCGCCAGGAGGAACACCCGCUUCAAUAUCCACUUCAGGAUCUUCAGAUGCAUUGUCUGGUUCUUCGCAGCAUCUAGCAUCACAACAAACACAACAACAAAAUUCGCAACCACAACCUCAACAGCAGCAGCAGCAACAACAACAACAACGUAGACAAGGUGGAGGGACUGGAUUUUCUUCUGCUGAUUUAAAUCGUAUUGUUUUAGAGUAUUUAAGUAAGAAAGGAUAUCAUAGGACCGAACAAAUGUUAAGAGCAGAAAGUAGUCGCACAUUAACACCUUUGAACAAAGCGCAACCGGGCACAACGUCAAAUAAUCAGUUACCAAAUAUACCAGGCGAUAGAAAUGUAGAUUUGCCGGUAAGCAAUCCACCAAAUAUACUGCCUAAUACUCGAAUUAAUAAUAAUAAUAAUAAUAGUAAUAAUAAUAACAAUAAUAACAAUAAUAACAAUAAUAACAAUAAUAACAAGAAUAAUAAUAAUAAUAAUAAUAACAAGAAUAAUAAUAACGACAACAACAAUGCCGAUAAAAACACAGGUAUGAAAAGAGAUAUCAAUGGUCACAUGAUCAAUAAGAUUAGGCCAGUCACAGCUGAUGACUACAUACGUGCUUAUUCGUUAUUAAAAAAAUGGGUUGACUCAUCAUUAGAAAUUUACAAGACUCAAUUAGAAAGAAUAUUGUACCCAAUUUUCGUUUACACAUUUUUAUAUUUGAUUAAAAAGGACUAUCCAUUACAUGCAAGGAAAUUUUUUGAUAGAUAUAGUACUGAUCACAGGAUUUAUCAUGGUAAUGAUAUUAAUAAAUUGUUUAGCGUGAAUUCUUUAGACCAUUUGAAGGAAAAUGAAUUAGCUGUAACUUUUUUAGAUAACAAAUAUAAAAUCUCAGUUACAAGGACUGUUUUCAAUUUAUUAUUGUUUUUCUUAACUGAGAAUGAAGCAGUUGGCACUUCAUUGUUAAUUAGCAUUGUUAAUGAUCAUUUAGAUCCUAAUAUUGUUGAAAGUAUCACUUCUAAGAAUGAUAUCACAGGCGGUAUUGUAAUAUCCACCGUAAGUGAAGAUGUCAAUGCGUUUAAUAAGCAACAAGUUAAGUUAGGUAACUUACCAUUGGAUGAAGUAUUUGCUAAGGAGGUUGAGUACGAGUUAAAUAAAAAAGAUGAGCAAGAAAAGGAAGAAUCUGAGAAGCUUGGCAGGGAACCACCAUCUCGUACCUUAGUUGAUGAAUUUAAACAAAUGAAUGGAUCAGCACAACAAAGUAACGGGCAGGGCAAGGAAACAGAUGAUAAUAAUAAUAACAACAGCAGUAAUCCGGUUGAGUAUGAAGCAACCGAUAGCAAUGUUCGUGCAGAAAUAUCUAAAGAAGGUAAUACGAAUAUCAACAUCGCUAAUACGGCCCCUACUGGUGGUGCACUAUCGGUCUUUGAUAAAAAGAGAUCAUCUCUACCUCCGAUGGCUAAAUCACAGGAAGACUGGAAGAAGGAAGAACAAGAACAACAAAAAAACUUGACAAUAAGUGUUAUGGAGCAAAAAAAAAAAUUAGAUUCGCCAGAUAGAAAUGCGUUACCUCUACCACCUAAAACAGCCUUAGAUAUUAAAUUGGAAAUUCAGAAAGUUUAUGAAUCGAGAGACUCCAUUAAAUUAAAUCGAUUUCAAGUAACUUCGCCAAGUGUCGUAAUGUACACUUUCCAUAAUACCAACGGUGAGAUGACAUGUUUGAAUUUUAGUGAUGAUUCUACAAUGGCAGCCACAGGGUUUCAAGAUAGUAUCAUUAAGGUUUGGAGUUUAGAUGGACAGCCUUUGAAAAGUAAAAUGGAAAACGAUGAUCUUAACUCUAAGUUUAUGGAAUGUAGAACACUAAUAGGCCAUAGUGGACCUGUUUAUUCUGUAAGCUUUAGUCCGGACAACAGAUUUUUAUUAAGCUGCAGCGAAGAUAAAACAGUGAGAUUAUGGUCGUUGGAUACAUUCACAUGUUUAGUUAGUUAUAAGGGUCAUAAUCAUCCUGUCUGGGAUAUCGAAUUUUCUCCGAUGGGACAUUAUUUUGUUUCAGCCUCACAUGACCAAACUGCAAGGUUAUGGUCUUGUGAUCACAUAUAUCCUUUGAGAAUUUUCGCAGGCCAUGCAAGUGAUGUAGAUUGUGUUACUUUUCAUCCCAACGGUUGUUACAUUUUCACCGGAUCAAGUGAUAGAACUUGUAGAAUGUGGGAUGUUGUUACGGGGAACUGUGUUAGGUUAUUUUUGGGUCAUAAUUCUCCUGUUACAGCAUUAAGUGUUGCACCAGACGGUAGAUGGUUAGCUUCAGCUAGUGAUGAUGGUUUGAUUAACUUGUGGGACAUUGGUUCCGGUAAGAGAUUGAAAACUAUGAGAGGUCAUGGUAGAAGAAGUAUAUAUUCACUUUCCUUUAGCAAGGAGUGUACAGUUUUGGUGAGUGCUGGCGGUGAUGGAAGUGUUAGAGUCUGGGAUUUAAAAAAGGCUACAAGCGAACCUAAUGUGGAACCAGAAGAAGUUUUUGCUCAAUAUUAUGAAAAUUUACAUCAUUCGAUCCAGUAUGAUGCUAAGAUCUAUGGUAAGAAAAGAGUUGUCAUCCCCACUAUAGAUUUGAUUUCUUCAUUUUUUACCAAACAAACACCGGUUUAUAAAGUUAGGUUCACCAGAAGUAAUUUAGUAUUUGCCGGUGGCGCAUUCGUUGAUAAAUAA